AUGCACAGAUAAAUGCUUAAGAAAACGCAAGGAUCGGCCGACGUGGACGCGUCGCGCAUUCUUGGGAAGGGUCCCGAGUUCCUGAGGAAACAGAUUGAACGCGAAAACGAGGGGAAUGUGGGACGCGUCAGCGCUGUGGAGAGACUGGCGGCCAGUAAACCGCAAUACGUUAAAAGUCAACAGGUAGGCAGUUCACCACAAGAGCCCGUCAGCCUCGGAUCUGCGCUCGUGGGCAGUCAAAGGUCCUCAAACGGGCACGGUUCCGUUAGGAAAGCCAACAGCGUCGAUGUUGAGGAUGCACCGAAGCGUCAAGAAGAGACCAAUGUGGUGAGACGGAUCAGCUCGAAAAAACGCGAUUCGAUUCUGUUGUACAGACAGAAGUGUGAACUCUUGCGAGGGUCCCCCGGCGGAAUAAAAGCACUGAUUAAAAAGUCAAUUAAUGGCAAGACAAGCGCGUUUCCCGAAGCGCAAAGUGAUCGUUUCAAUUGUGAGACUGAGCUUGGCUCCACGCGUAAAGAGUCUUCGUUCACUUCGCUCGUCUUAAACGGGUCGACAAAGCUGGACCCGCGAUCACGUGAGUCAGGUGACCCACCAAGAGCCCCUUGUCACCGGAGAGUGGCCGAAACCCAGGAGCAGGAGGUUAAGAGCCGAAGGGGGGUGGCGCGCUCCAGCUCCGACAUCAGUUCGCGCUACUCGAAAAACUUUGUGGACUUCGACGUCUUCUUCAAGUACUGCGGCCUCGAGGGAGACGUCAUCGAGUCCAUGGGCAAAGAAAACUUCUACGCGCGCUCGGACGACCUCGGCUGCAGAAUUCGGAGUGUCAGCGUUGAGACGUCGGAAGACGCGUUUUCUAACAGCAGCGGGCACAGCGACGGACUUCAGGAGGACGAGCUUCAGGAGAAAGUGAGCCAAGGGUCAUCCGUCGUGGAGCGCAACGCGCGCAUCAUCAAGUGGCUUUACAGCUGCAGAAAUCCACCAGAUUCACCUCAGAUUUUUGACCCUGUUUAGUGUUUACAUAAACUUGGAUUAUGUCAGUCGGUUAAGCCAUUUCUCCAAAAUACGCUUGAUUCUGUUGAUACCUUGUUUCCACUGGAUGCCACGUUACUUGAUUUUUUUUUAUAUCAUUCGUUGCAUAGCCUGCUAUCUAGUUCUGGAGUUGAGACUUUUCCUGCAUGAUUUAGGUUCCCCCUUCCUUUCACUUCAUAUCUUGUUCUCGUGUUUAAUCUGGGUUUAAUGAAAGUGGGCCCGAGGGCCAAAAUUGGGUUCUAGCUGUAUUUCAGUGUUAUGUGAAGAGUGGGCUGCUUAUUCAUUUUUACUUUCAUGAUAGUUUACAAAGACAUUUAAAAGUUUACACUAAACAGUCCAUCAUAUAUGCCUUUCGGCAAUGGAAUGCACAAAAUAGCAUCUGGCCUUGAGAUAUGGAUUAACACGGCCUUAAACAAACACUCGACUUCUGUUCGUUGGGUAACAGGAAAGAGUGAAGAAAAACUGUUGUGUUCACACCCUGUUUGGGUGUGUAUCAUUGGUGCCACUGUCACAUAGGUUAUAGGAUCAGGAGUCCUGACUGUCUCGUCAUAUCUUCUUGACUCAGUGAAAAUUCAUCAAGUCGUUUAAUGUUUGCACAAUAAGGUGCGAACAUUCAUACCACCUGGCACGCUAUGUGAAAAUCAUAUUUAAACUACAAAUG